GAUGACGGAGCAACUUGUGGCACGGGUGACAGGCGGGAUAGAAGGAGAGGUGGGGCCAGAGCAUGUGCGGUAUGCUGGGUCACUGAGUGGGUACUCGCUGGGACGGCUGAGGAGCGAGCCCGCGGCGGUGCAAGGGGCGGCGGCGCGGUUGGCGGCGGCGUUGGAGGAGACAGCGCAGAAGGAGUACCCGGCGUUCGUGCAUGCAGCGGCGACAAUGGGCGAGGUCCGGCAUGAGUUUGAGGCGGUGUCUGAGGCGCUGGACGGGGUGGUGGCGAGGCUGCCUGCGGCUGUGGACGCCGCACACCACUUUGCUGAGGCUGGGCGGGCGGCGCUGGACGAACGGCGACGCAACGCGCUGGUCUUGGCGCAAGCGCCACAGCUUGUGGAGCUGCUGGAGGCGCCUGCACUGAUGGAGUCGCUGGUGCGAGCCGAAGCGUACGACGAUGCGCUUGCGCUGCGUGAGUUUGUUGUCAAGGCCGGGAAGAAGCUCGGCCACAUUCCGCUGGUGGCGAGCUUGGUGGGCAAGGUGGGCCGAGCGACGGCGCUGAUGGUGGGCCAGAUCCGUGCCCAGUUGGAGAGCGACGUCAAGGUGCCUGCCUGCAUUACCUUGGUCUCGCUCCUCCGCCGGGUCGGUCUGUUCUCGCCGCGGCAGCUGCGGGUCAUGUUUCUGGCAGCACGCAACGCUUUUCUGCGUCAGCAGCUGGAGGCUGUGCCGACGUCCGAGGCCGGGCACUAUGUGCUGGACAUGAUCAACGCGUACCGAGUGACUGCGCUGCAUGUGGUGACGCAGUACUCUGCCGUCUUUGCCGACGAUCUGAACUCGGACGGCGGCGCUGCGAGGGCGGCGCUCAAUCUGGUGUCCAUCAACUACGGAAACUUGUCGGUGGUGCUGGAGGCUGUGCUGAAGACCGUCAACGAGCAUGCCCAGCAUCUGACUCGGCUGUCGGCUCAGCCCAAGCCGCUGCAGGCGGACGCCCUCGAUCCGCUCCUGGCGCGGUUGGACGCGCUCGAGAGCGAGCGGAAGGCAGAGAAGGCCGCCGCCGCCGCCCGCGAGAAGGAGCUCAAGGAUGCGGUGAGGGCCGCAGAGGCCAAGGUCGCUGCCCUCGAGGCAGUCGUCACCCCGCUUGCCGAUGACGUUUCCAACGUCGUGGCCCUUGCCGCAGGCGCCAUGCCCAGGUCCGAGACCGAAGACCGCCUUGCAGAGAUCGGCAGCAGCCAGUCCAAGCUCGCCGAUCGCCUCACCGUCCUCGCCAACAGCCUGCCGGAGACGUAUGCGACAAAGGCCGAGGUGAGCGAGAUGGGAGCAGCCCGCAAGAGCCCUGCGCCGGCCCGCCCAGGCAGCACCUCGACGCCGCUGGGUGCCGGCCUAGGCGCCGACAGCUCUGGCCUUGCUGUCGAGGUCGAGGGCCUUGCCUCGCGGAUGGCAGACCUCGAAGGCCUUGUCGGCGGCGUCGAGGUGCCAGGCGUUCGCGACGCAGCAAACGUGCUCGAGGCCCGCGCCGAUGCUGUCCACGCCGUUGUCUCGGAGCUCGAGGCCAAGAUGGCCAUUCUGUCCGAUCAGGUAGCGGCGGCAGCAGCGGCAGCGGCGACAGGCGGAUCUGGUGGUGGCUCUGGCGAUGAUCAUGGUUCCGCUGCUGGCGGCUCCGGUGACGGCGGUGCCAUGCUGGCAGGCCUCUCGUCGGACGUCUCCAAGCUCAAGAUGCUGCGGCCGGAGAUCGACACGCUCAAGCACUCGUUGGCCUCGCUGCGGUCGACGGUGGCGGACGCUGUCGCCCGCGAGGCCGACACCUCUGGCCUACUGGAGACCCACGACGCGACGAUCAAGAACCUCGACGCGGCUGCAGCCAAGAGCCGCGCGCGGCUGGCGGAGCUCGAGUCCGAGCUCGCCCUGGUCAAAGAUGCCGCCGCGCCGGCGUCGGGCCUCGACUCGCUCAAGCAGAACAUGGCGUCGCUCAAGAGCAUGCUCAACGCGCUCGAGGCCGAGUCGGGCGAGGCCAAGGCCGCUGCCGCGACCAGCGAGACCGGCGCGACAGUUGGCUCAGGUGAAGCCAGAGCCAGCAGCGCUGUGGUCAAGGCUGCGCUCGACGCCCUGCGGAGCCGGGUCAGCAAGCUGGAGGCGCGAGCGGCGAGUGGAGGUGCAGCUGUCGCCACAGCAUCUGGCGGUAGUGCAGGCGCCGGAGGCAGCGAUGCGCUGGUGCAGUACCGGCUUGACGCGAGCCUGGAGAGUGACGACGCGGUGGACGAUCUUGCGGCGCUGCAGGAGCCGCUGGCGGCGGCGCUGCGCGAAAAGGCUGAGCUCGGCUACGUCGACGAGGCGCUCAACGAGCUUGAUGAGCGGCUGCGGUCGCUGGCCAACUUUGCGUCGGACAAGCUCGAAGCGCUCGCCAACGCGGUGCGAAGCCGGGCGUCGAUUCGCGACAUGCAGGAGAUGGAGGAGGACUUGCUCGGCAUGCUCUCGGCCUCAACUGGUGAGGGCUCGUACACCACCGCCGGUAGGCUGCAUUUCCGCUGUCUCUCGUGCAACCGGUCGACUGCCACAGUCUCAGGCCCAGCUUCAUCGUUUUACACCCGCUCGCUCACCUCGUCGGGCCGCCCGGCCACCGCUGCCGGGCCAGCCACGUCCUCCUUCGGGCGCGCCGGCUCGAGCCCGCGCAACAUGCGCCCGCCGUCGGCCGCUGGGGCCACCGCCCUGUAUCCCACAGGCGUCACGCCAACUGCCCUCUUCGGUGUCGACAACAGGGUGUACCACGGGCGGGUGGAGACCGAUGGCGAGGCCAGUGCCGGCGCCGGCAACUACGCCACACAUCCGCGUCCGCGCUCCUCGCAGACCAUGCUCAACCGCCCGCCGGCCGAGCCCGAGUACGGCGUGCCCGGGACUGGACCGGUCGACGUCGAGUACACCGAUACGUACGAGAUUCGGUGAGCUCGCAUCUAAAGACAGGAAGGAGGAGGAG